CCCGCGGCCGUGCCGGCCCCCCGGGAGCUGCACAGCGAAAUCCUGACUUCGAGGCGGGAGACACGGCAGGCGGGCCACAGGCUGAUGGCCUUGCAACGUGGUGGCAGGAGCACAGGGCCCUUCUCAGGGGACACGGGGACCCAGAGACAGCGUGUGGUAGGAGCUCCCUGGACAAGGGCUGCCCGCCUUUCAUCUCUGGGGAUAAAGGCCGCCUGGACCCUCUCUGAGGACCCACGGCGUUCGUGCUGCAAGCGUGUGCCGAGCACAGAGCCCGUGCUGCUCCCCUGGCCAGGCGCUGGGCCCCCGCCCUCACCGGCGCUGGGGGUCCUCAGCCCCGGCCCUGCCGUCUGCACGGGCCUGUCACUUCCCCUGCCUCCUCAGAGAUUCAUCUGUGAAAUGGGGACAGAAAGGACAGUUACCUCCCAGACUUGAGGUAGCACGUGUAAAGCAUUUAGUAUACUGCGCCUGGCGUAGAAACGCUUCUAAGAAGAUCAUUACUACAUCUUAAUAGGGAGGCCGCCAAAUGCAGGGGAAGUUCCGGGGGAACCAGUGACGACAGGGCUGGGCUGUGUGUCAUGUGCUGGAGCCGUGCCCGCACAGUGCUGAGGUGACCCCGAUGCCAGCCCCUUUCCUGGGCAGCUCUCGUUUACCUGUAUGACCUGAGGCCCUUAGCUGGGCAGCGCCGCUUUCCCUCUCUCACCUGGGCAGCGCCGCUUUCCCUCUCUCACCUGCUUUGGCUUUAGCGUCUCAGGCCCCGCCUCUACCCCAGGUGUUUCUGGGAGGGUCAGGGGCGUCGCCAGCGCGCUUUACAAGGAGUCGGCAGAGGUCAGAGCUCAUGUCUGAGGACCGGCGACUCCUGCCAGCACUCUGCCCACUGGUGGCCCGCGCGUGAUGCACCCAUAGCAGCAGGAGGGGGUGUGGCGCCCACGGCCAGGCGGCGCGUUACACUUUCCACCGGGUCCCGCCUCGGUCCCGGCCCCUCGGUGCUGACGUCACGCGGAGACCUCCCCGAUUUCCGUGGCCCACGCCACGUGCCCACGCUGCCCCCCCGCCUGGCACCGCCUCUGCCGGCUCCCGAGGGCGCAAACUGCGAGGUGCCGACGGGCCGGAGGGUGUCCGAGCCGCUUGCUGCUGCCAAGGAGGUCCGACGCCAGGCGGAGCUGGGCCUCGCAGGCCCUCGGCCUCUGGUCCACGUGCCGGGAGCCCACGUGGCCGCUGCGCUCGGCCCGAGGGAAGGCCGUGGACGAGCUGGUGGCCAGGCUCUGGGCAGUGCAUGGGCGGCCGUGGGGCCUCCCCAGCGUGGCCAGGCCCGUCAUGCUGCAGUGCCGGCCGGCCCAGGAGUUCAGCUUCGGCCCCCGGGCCCUGAAGGAUGCGCUGCUGUCCACCGACCCGGCCCUGCGGCAGCUCUACGCGUCCACCUUCUCCCCAGCCGAGCGGCUCUUCCUGGCCGAGGCCUACAACCCCCGGAGGACGUUCUUCCGCACGCUGCUCAUCCACUCGGCUUUCGACUGGCUCCUCAGCCGCCCGGAGGCGCCCGAGGACUUCGAGACCUUCCACGCUGCGCUGGCGCCCCGGAAGCAGGGCCUGGCUCGGAAGCACAUUUACCUGCAGCCCAUAGAUCUGAGUGAGGGGCCGGCAGGCGGCGCGCUCCUGGACCACCUGCGGAGCUGCACAGAGGCCUUCUUCCUGGGCCUGCAGGUCAGGUGCCUGCCAUCGGUGGCGGCUGCGUCCAUCCACUGCUCAUCACGCCCCAGUCAGGACUCUGACAGGCUCCAGCUCCACACAGACGGCAUCCUGUCCUUCCUGAAGAGCAGCAAACCGGGCGAUGCGUUAUGCGUGCUGGGCCUCACGCUGUCCGACCUGUACCCCCGCGAGGCCUGGACCUUCACCUUUGGCACGUUCCUUCCGGGGCACGAAGUGGGCGUCUGCAGCUUUGCGCGGUUCUCGGGGGAAUCCCUGCAGCGGGGGCCCAGCACCCCUGACCUGGCCCCCGAGGCACCCCUGCAGGACAGAGGCCGGACCGUGUGCUUCAGCGCCCUGGGGAUGGUCCAGUGCUGCAAGGUCACGUGCCACGAGCUCUGCCACCUCCUGGGCCUGGGGAACUGCCGCUGGCUCCGCUGCCUCAUGCAGGGCACCCUCAGCCUGGACGAGGCCCUGCGGCGGCCCCCGGACCUCUGCCCCAUCUGCCUUCGGAAGCUGCAGCACAUCCUGGGCUUCAAGCUCGUGGACAGGUACAAGAGACUGUACACCUGGACGCUAGCGGCGGCGGGGACGCGGCCUGGGCCGGCGGCCGGGGAGCCGUCCGUGUCGGAGGACACCCUGCCCUGCAGCGCGGACUCGGGCCUGUGCGGCGAGAGCGACUCGGAGCCUGGCAGCGGCCUGUCGGAGCCCCUGUCCCCGGACGCCUGGAGCCACGCCUUCCCCGCGGGCCCGGAGCUGGAGCCUGAGGACGGGCUGGGCUCCCUGGCGGCCGCGGAGAGCCCGGGGGAGGCCCUGGCGGAGCACGGGCGCUGGCUGGCGGCCUGCAUCCAGGCCCUGGAGAGGGACGUGACUGAGGAGGAGCUGGCGCGGGUGGACGGCGCCGUGGACGCCCUGGCCCGCUGGGACCUGUUCACGGGGCGGCUCCCGGCCCCCCGGCAGGACCCGCCCUGCGGCCGAGACGGCGCGGGGCUGCGCCGAGUCCUGGGCGACAAGUUCUCCUCCCUCAGGCGGAAGCUGAGCGCUCGCAAACUGUCCAGGGCCGAGGCGUCCCCGCGGCGCUGGAAGGCGGAGGACAAUUAGCACGGCUGCCGCGUCUUGUCCAGCACGGCUGGUGCGUCUCGUCCAGCGCCUGCCUGUCCCCAGGGCGCUGCGGGCCCGGCUGUGGGCGGAAGGGACGGUGUCUCGGAAAGCGGAAGGCGAUCCGUCUGCACGUGGACCCCGCACCCCCAGCCCUAACCGCAGCCUCACGACGCGGCCGGGUGGCGGGGGGGCGGGGUCCCAGGUACCCCGAGGGCCGUCCUCGGGCCGCACCCGACCUCACAGAGCAGGUGCCGGGCAGGUGCCUGUCUCUCCUGCGGCCUGGGGCUCGGGGCUCUGCUACGGCGAACUCAGAUUGCAAGGCCCCAACAUGGGUCCUCCGCUCGAAGGAGGGCAAAGGGGGUCUUGUUGCAACCUACAAGGUCCCCCGCCUCCCCCGACCCCAAGCCCAUAGAAAGGGCCCCUUUGUGCGGCGCUAACCGCACUCUGACCCUUGGAACUUGGCGUGGGCGUCUCCCUGAAAGUUCCGGGUGGCCACCACCUACCAGACCACGUGCCCAGAGAUGUGCCGCUUCUUCUGACAACCGUUGCGGGAAGGGAGGGUGUCCCGUGUGCAGGUCUGAAGGUGCUGCUGCGUGCUGUGACUUGCAGAGGUGAAAGCAAACCGCGGCUCCAUCCUCAGGACAGUUUUCUGACAAAGGUGGCCUGGACCCCAACACCAGUGAGGGCAAGGAGAUGAGAUUUGUUCAGAACACCUGUGUCUGUGUUUUUUUGGUCUCGUUUGACCAGCUGCUGAGAGAACAAGUGAUUUAGAUGUUAAAAUACCCAUCACCCCAGUA